AUGGCAGAAUCAGUAGUUGACAAGCUUAAAAGCACUUUGAAAUCUGGAACGGAUGAUGUUGCAGACAUCAAAGAUCACCCUGGAAAUGUAAUUGUCGUUUCGAACAGACUUCCAGUGACAAUCAAAAAGAACAACUUGACGGGUGAAUAUGAAUAUUCUAUGUCUUCCGGGGGACUAGUGACUGCAUUGCAGGGUUUGAAGAAGGCCACGACUUUCCAGUGGUACGGUUGGCCCGGUUUGGAGAUCCCAGAUGAGGAAAAGGAAACGGUGAAAAAAGACUUACUGGAGAAGUUCAAUGCGAUCCCGAUCUUUCUAAGCGACGAGAUCGCGGAAUUGCACUACAACGGGUUCAGCAACUCGAUUUUGUGGCCCUUGUUCCACUACCACCCCGGUGAGAUCAAUUUCGAUGAAAAUGCAUGGCUGGCGUACAACGAAGCGAACCUAGCGUUUGCCAAAGAAAUCGAAAAAAAUGUUGCCGACAAUGACAUUGUUUGGGUUCACGACUACCAUUUGAUGCUUUUGCCUGAGUUGCUAAGGUCAGGUAUGAAGGCCAAGAAUCUGCAGAACGUUAAACUCGGGUGGUUUUUGCACACGCCGUUUCCUUCGUCAGAAAUUUACAGGAUCUUGCCUGUGAGACAAGAAAUCUUGAGAGGGGUGCUGAGCUGCGACUUGGUCGGGUUCCACACCUACGAUUACGCCCGGCAUUUUCUCAGCUCUGUGCAAAGAGUUUUGGAUGUGAACACAUUGCCUAACGGUGUUGAAUACGACGGCAGAUUUGUCAAUGUUGGUGCGUUUCCGAUCGGAAUCGACGUGGACACUUUCACGGAUGGUCUCAAAGAGGAGAGCGUGAUAGACAGAAUCACCAAGCUCAAACAGACCUUCAAAGACGUUAAGAUUAUCGUGGGUGUCGACAGACUGGAUUACAUUAAGGGUGUGCCUCAAAAGCUGCACGCUAUGGAAGUGUUUUUGAACGAGCACCCGGAGUGGAUCGGAAAAGUUGUGUUGGUGCAAGUUGCAGUGCCCAGUCGUGGAGAUGUUGAAGAGUAUCAAUAUCUGAGGUCUGUGGUAAACGAGCUUGUGGGCAGGAUCAACGGUCAGUUCGGCACGGUGGAAUUUGUCCCAAUCCAUUUCAUGCACAGAAGCAUUCCUUUCCAAGAACUGAUCUCCCUAUAUGCAGUAAGUGACGUGUGUCUCGUGUCGUCUACUCGCGAUGGUAUGAAUUUGGUGUGCUACGAGUACAUUGCGUGUCAGGAAGAGAAAAAAGGUUCUUUGAUUUUAAGUGAGUUUACAGGCGCAGCCCAAUCUCUAAACGGCGCUCUAAUUGUAAACCCCUGGAACACGGACGAGCUUGCCGAGUCCAUUCAGGAGUCAUUGACCCUACCAGUUGAAAAGAAAGAUGCCAACUGGGAAAAACUCUACAAGUACAUCUCAAAGUACACUUCUGCGUUUUGGGGUGAGAAUUUUGUCAACGAGCUUUACAGGAUAAAACCAGCUGGCAGCGAAAAUACCACAGAAAACCACCAGUAG